CUGUUUCUGUUGCAGGGUUACCAAAGGGCGUAUUUAUCUUCUAGAGGGCUGCCCAAGUGUCGCUCAAUCAUUAAAGCAUCAGAUUUCCUCCAAGUUACCUGUCAUGAGGCUUAUGAUCUAGCGCCCGGCAGGGAGGGACACGCGGGACUUGCGGCCAUGGCCCCGAGGAAGAGGAGCGGCCGCGGGAUCUCCUUCAUCUUCUGCUGCUUCCGCAGCAGCGAGCACCCCGAGAUCACGUACCGGCUGCGCAAUGACAGCAGCUUCGCCCUGCAGACCAUGGAGCCCUCGCUGCCCGUGCCGCCCGUGGAGGAGCUGGAUGCCAUGUUCACCGAGCUGGUGGAUGAGCUUGACCUCACAGACAAGCACAGGGAGGCGAUGUUUGCGCUGCCGGCGGAGAAGAAGUGGCAGAUCUACUGCAGCAAGAAAAAGGACCAGGAAGAAAAUAAAGGAGCCACCAGCUGGCCGGAGUUCUACAUCGACCAGCUGAACUCCAUGGCUGCUAGAAAAUCUCUGAUUGCCUUGGAGAAAGAAGACGAGGAGGAGAGAAAUAAAACAAUCGAGAGUUUGAAGACUGCACUGCGGACAAAACCAAUGAGGUUUGUGACCCGGUUCAUCGACCUGGAUGGCUUAUCAUGUAUCCUCAACUUUCUCAAAAGCAUGGACUAUGAGACAGCAGAGUCUCGAAUACAUACCUCGCUCAUUGGAUGUAUAAAAGCACUAAUGAACAACUCCCUGGGCAGGGCCCACGUCCUGGCCCACCUGGAGAGCAUCAAUGUAAUCGCUCAGAGUCUGAGCACAGAGAACAUUAAGACGAAGGUGGCAGUGCUGGAAAUCAUGGGCGCCGUGUGCCUGGUUCCCGGGGGCCACAAGAAGGUACUGGAGGCCAUGCUGCACUACCAGAAAUAUGCCAGUGAAAGGACUCGUUUUCAGACGCUGAUCAACGACCUGGACAAGAGCACGGGCCGGUACCGAGAUGAAGUGAGCCUCAAGACAGCCAUCAUGUCCUUCAUCAACGCCGUCCUGAGCCAGGGGGCGGGCGUGGAAAGCCUGGAUUUCAGACUCCAUCUGAGAUACGAGUUCCUCAUGCUCGGCAUCCAGCCAGUCAUUGAUAAGCUAAGACAACACGAAAAUUCUACCCUGGACCGGCACUUAGAUUUCUUCGAAAUGCUUAGAAAUGAAGAUGAACUGGAGUUUGCCAAAAGAUUUGAGCUGGUCCACAUUGACACCAAGAGUGCAACCCAGAUGUUCGAGCUGACGAGGAAGAGGCUGACGCACAGCGAGGCGUACCCGCACUUUAUGUCCAUCCUGCACCACUGUCUCCAGAUGCCUUACAAAAGAAGUGGCAACACUGUCCAGUACUGGCUGCUGCUCGACAGGAUCGUGCAGCAGAUCGUCAUCCAGAGUGACAAAGGGCAGGACCCCGACGCCACUCCCCUGGAAAACUUCAACAUCAAAAACGUUGUACGAAUGUUAGUCAAUGAAAAUGAAGUGAAACAGUGGAAAGAGCAAGCAGAGAAAAUGAGAAAAGAGCACACAGAGCUGCAGCAGAAGCUGGAGAAGAAGGAGCGGGAGUGUGAUGCCAAGGCCCAGGAGAAGGAGGAGAUGAUGCAGACGCUGAACAAGAUGAAGGAGAAGCUGGAGAAGGAGUCCAGCGAGCACAAGCAGGUCAAGCAGCAAGUGGCAGAUCUCACAGCACAGCUCCACGAGAUGAGCAGGAGGGCCAUCUGUGCUGCCAGUCCUGGAGGACCUCCCAUGCCACCAGGAGCACCUGGUGGCCCUUCACCUUCUCCAAUGCCCGGGUCUCUUCUUCCGGGGGGGGGGGGGGGGGGGGGGGGGGGGGGGGGGGGGGGGGGGGGGGGGGGGGGGGGGCCACCCCUGGGUGGGAUGAUGCCUCCCCCUGGACCACCUCUGGGCACGGCCUUCAAGAAGAAGAGCAUCCCUCAGCCGACGAACGCCCUCAAGUCUUUCAACUGGUCCAAGCUUCCAGAGAACAAGCUGUCAGGCACCGUGUGGACCAGCAUAGAUGACACAAAAGUGUUCAAAAUCCUGGACCUUGAAGACCUGGAAAGGACAUUCUCUGCCUACCAAAGACAGCAGGACUUCUUUGUGAAUGGUAGCUCCAGACAGAAGGAAGAUGCCAUCGAUGACACUUUGAGUUCCCGGCACAAAGUCAAGGAGCUUUCAGUCAUAGACGGCCGGAGAGCUCAGAACUGCAACAUCCUCCUCUCCAGGCUGAAACUCUCAAAUGAGGAGAUCAAACGAGCGAUUCUGACGAUGGAUGAGCAGGAGGACCUCCCAAAAGACAUGCUGGAACAGCUGCUGAAGUUUGUUCCUGAGAAGGGUGACAUUGACCUGCUGGAGGAGCACAAGCACGAGCUGGACCGCAUGGCCAAGGCUGACCGCUUCCUCUUCGAAAUGAGCAGGAUAAACCAUUAUCAGCAAAGGCUGCAGUCCCUCUACUUCAAGAAGAAGUUUGCAGAGAGAGUUGCAGAGGUCAAACCCAAGGUGGAAGCCAUCCGUGCUGGCUCCAAGGCAGUGCUGCAGAGCAGCAGCCUCCAGCAGCUCCUGGAGGUGGUCCUGGCCUUUGGGAACUACAUGAACAAGGGCCAGAGGGGCAAUGCCUUUGGGUUUAAGAUCUCCAGCCUCAACAAGAUUGCAGACACCAAGUCCAGCAUUGACAAGAACAUCACCCUGCUGCACUAUCUCAUCACUGUUGUGGAGAAGAAAUACCCCAAAGUGCUCCACCUGCACGAGGAGCUGCGGGACAUCCCGCAGGCAGCCAAAGUCAACAUGACCGAGCUGGAGAAAGAAAUAAACACUCUGAGAAGCGGCCUGAGAGCAGUGGAAGCUGUAAGGUUGGACUUCCAGAAGUCUCAGGUUCAGCAAGCAGGUGACAAGUUUGUGUCUGUGGUCAGCCAGUUCAUCACACUGGCCAGCUUCAGCUUCUCGGAUGUCGAGGAUCUCCUGACAGAAGCAAAAGAGCUGUUUUCCAAGGCUGUGAAGCACUUUGGAGAAGACACAGACAAAAUGCAGCCUGAUGAAUUUUUUGGCAUCUUUGACCAGUUCCUUCAAGCUGUGACCGAGGCCAAGCAGGAGAACGAGAACAUGAGGAAGAGGAAGGAGGAGGAGGAGCGCCGGGCACGCAUGGAGGCACAGCUGAAGGAGCAGCGGGAGCGGGAGCGCAAGGCCAGGAAGGCGAAGGAGACGGGCGAGGAGAGCGGCGAGUUCGAUGACCUGGUGUCGGCCCUGCGCUCGGGGGAAGUGUUCGACAAGGACCUGACCAAGCUGAAGCGCAACCGCAAGCGCAUCACCAACCAGCUGGCGGAGAGCGGCCGCGAGAGGCCCGUCACCAAGCUCAACUUCUAGACACGAACCGGCAGCAAAGCCCAGCAAAGGACAGGCGGGUCGGUUGCUGAAGUGGCUGUGGGUUUUGGUGGUUUUGUUUUUUUUUUUUUUUCAGUUUCCGAUGACACUGCCUUGCGAUUGGAAGCGGAGCAGUGGCGCGCUCCUUGUCCCCGCGGGCGAGUGCGUGUGUGUGUAUAUACUGUGUAUAUAGUCGGGUCGGGGGGUGUGGAGGGAGGUGCUCCAUGUUGGUGAGCGCCAGCCCCGCCUCCUCCCCGCUCCAAAAAGUAGUUCUCCCCAUGCACAAGCACAAUGCCGCGUCCGUGGAGCAAGAGAGGAGCCAAGCCCAAGCCGCCGGUUGUCCCCACGGUCCCAGAGCCAACGGGGAAGCUGCCUCGUGCUGCUCUCCUGCUCAGAACCCCCCGGGCCAUUUGCAGGGGACGCCUUGCACACAAGCCGAGCGGUUUAAAGAAGAAAAGGAAAAAAAA